CGAGGGGCCCGCGGCGGCCCGGCUGCUGCCUGCGCUCGGCCGCCGCUCUCCGGGUUUCACCCUUGGCUUGUCCAAUGGACAUCAAGCGACAGUGAGUGUUGACUGCGGGAGCUCUACAAGCACAGCGGCUGCUGGGAUGUUGCGACAGAACGGCGGAAGUAACAAGCGUGGUUUGGGAUUAGCCCGACUGUCUACCUCCAACUUCUUCACCAUCUCGAGUUCAGGAAACUGGGGAAUGGGGCGCAGCACCAAGAGCAGCUCUCUGAGCAGCAUCAGCUCCAACUCUGACUGCUAUGAUAAUCCUGUUGUGGAUCCAGAAUACAUCAUGCAACUGGUGAAUGAUGUCAGAAAAUUUGCAGAUGUGCUACUCUAUUUGAAGGAAGCCUUUCUUUCAGAAGAAAAUCACGAUGGCCUGCAUCAAGUAGUACAUGAACGCCUGGGGGAUUUGCUACGUGUUUUAAAAGCAGUGAUAAAUAAACAUCAGACACUAAAUUCAGUUGAUAUUCUUAGUGCUGCAGGAACAGUUAUUGCAAAAGUAAAAGCGGUGAACUUCAAAGAAGUUAAUGAAGAAAACAAGAGAGAACUCUUCAGUGAAAUAUUUUCUUCCAUUGAAACAUUGGCAUUCACCUUUGGAAACGUUGUUUCAGACUUCCUUAUGGGAGAUGUAGACAAUGGCUCGUCAUUGGGACUUCCUGUAUCUCGGAGAAGUCGGUCUUUUGAGAAUCUUUCUGUGGAAUCUGGGGGUUCACUGCAUGAAAGGGAUGAUAUUCAAGGACAUCUUCGAGCAGAGGAGGUUGAUAGCAUGCUCCUAAGAAAUGACAGUGGAAUUGAGUCGGCUCUGUCCUAUGCUAAAGCAUGGUCAAAAUAUACCAAGGAUGUAGUCGCAUGGGUAGAAAAAAAGCUUAGCUUGGAAGUGGAGUGUGCCAAAAACUUGGCAAAAAUGGCUGAAACUGCUAAAGCUGUUGUUGGACACCAGGAUUAUAUGCCAUUCCAGUCAAUAUUCAUUAAUGCUUUUCAAAACGAUAUCGAGAACGGUCAGCUUUGGCAACAAACAGCUGCUGCUCUCCAGUCUAACAAAUUUGUGCAGCCUCUUCUUGGAAGGAAAAACGAGUUGGAUAAACAAAGGAAAGAUAUCAAGGAGCUUUGGCAGCGAGAACAGAAGAAAAUGCAAGAGCUGGAAGCUGCUCUCAGGAAAGCCAAGUUGCUGUAUAUGCAGCGUCAAGAUGAGUAUGAAAAGGCAAAAUCCUCUACUGCUCGUGCUGAGGAGGAACAUCUCAGCUCAAGUGGAAGCUUUGUGAAAGAUUUCAGCAAGCAACUGGAAAAAAAACGAAGGCUAGAAGAGGAAGCUCUUCAAAAGGCUGAAGAAGCCAAUGAACACUAUAAAGCAAGCAUGGCAGAAGUUGAAGAAAAAAGAAUUUAUUUGGAAAGCUUUAAAAGUGAUGUUUUAACACAGCUUCGGGAGCUUAUUUACCAGUGUGAUCUUACUCUUAAAGCUGCAACAGUUAACCUGUUCCAGCUGCAGCAUGCUCAGGUUGUGUCUCUGCCAGUUAACUGCCAGUCCCUCUGUGAGAGUGCCAAACUCUAUGACCCUGGUCAGCAGUAUUCAGAGUUUGUGAAAAGCUUGCCAAAGGAUGGUGUUCCUGUUGAAUCGGGUUGUUUUGAAACCCAGAGUUCCCAGGUUGAUGGGGUUUUUAAUAAGCAAUCAACAAACAGCAUCCAUACAUCCCACGGUAACUUAUCUCAGUGUUCAGGAGAUUUUCCUGCUCAGACAUUAGAUGAUGUGGGAAGCCCAGUGUAUCAUCGUUCACAAAAGGUCAGAGAGAAGAGAUCUUCCAGCAACACAGAUAUUCAAGCAGUGCGAGGGCCACCACCGUUCAGAUCGUGGUCAGUUGGCAACCAGAGUGGAGGAAUGUGCAGUGACUCUGAAAGUGCGGGGGGAAGCAGCGAGUCCCGAUCCAUGGAUUCUCCAUCUGCCAGCCCAGGGGAUUUUAAAAGACGACUUCCCCGAACACCUUCCACUGGGACUAUGUCAUCUGCAGAUGAUCUUGAUGAAAGAGAGCCACCAUCUCCAUCAGACUGUGGUUUAAAUGAUCUCACAUCUGAAACUGCAAAUUCUCCAGGACCUUUUAGAAAUGCUAAUAUGUCCAAAGCAGCACAAACACACAAACUGCGGAAGCUGAGAGCUCCAUCUAAAUGCAGAGAAUGUGACAGCUUAGUGGUAUUUCAUGGAGCUGAAUGUGAGGAGUGUUCACUUGCAUGCCAUAAAAAGUGUUUAGAGACUUUAGCUAUUCAAUGUGGGCACAAAAAACUUCAUGGAAGGCUUCACUUAUUUGGAGUGGAAUUUGCCCAAGCGGCUAAAAAUGUUCCUGAUGGCAUUCCUUUCAUCAUCAAAAAGUGUACGUCAGAAAUUGAAAGCAGAGCCCUGAAUGUCAAGGGCAUCUAUCGUGUGAAUGGAGCCAAAUCAAGAGUUGAAAAGCUUUGUCAAGCGUUUGAAAAUGGAAAGGAUUUGGUUGAGCUCUCAGAACUCUAUGCACAUGAUAUCAGCAAUGUUCUCAAGCUGUAUCUCCGCCAGCUUCCAGAGCCCUUGAUUUUGUUUCGGCUUUACAAUGAGUUCAUUGGACUUGCAAAAGAAAGCCAGAAUGCUAAUGAGGAGUUGGAUGCUAAACAAGCUAGCCCCAAAGCAAAGACGAGACAGUCACUCUGUAUUGAACUGAAUAGGAUCAUCAUUAAAAUUAAAGAUCUUCUGAAACAACUGCCUGUACCAAACUAUAACACUCUUCAGUACCUUAUUGGACACCUUCACAGAGUCACAGAGCAGUGUGAUGAAAAUAAAAUGUCAGCCAGCAACCUUGGCAUAAUAUUUGGCCCAACUCUGAUCAGACCACGUCAAACCGAUGCUACAGUUUCUUUGUCGUCACUUGUGGACUACCCUUACCAAGCCCGGGUAGUGGAGCUGCUCAUAACUUACUAUGAAAAGAUAUUUGAUGUCUCAUUGAAACCACUUCUGAGCACUUCUCAUUCUGAAGAAACAGCUGUUAUGCUCAGAGUUGCUUUGUCAGCAGAUGAGAUGGAGCCACAGCAGCAGAGGAAAUCAUUUGUUGCUGUAAAGGAACAGGGUGUUCAAAUAGUUCCAAGUGAAAGAGCUUCAGAAAUAGCUGCACUCUUUUUGGAAUCGAAGAAUAGCCAGAAUACAAAAGAAGAAGCAGAUACAUCUGUAACUGGUAAUGCUGUGAGUCCAGCUGCAGAGAAAGACAAUGAUCCAUUCAUUUCUCUCGGUGAGGACCCCUGUAAAAUGAACUUAUUUCCUGUAAAACCCAACCGUCAGAUUGCCAAAGUUCCGUUGCGGGCUCCAAGGACAAAACCAGCAUCUCGCCCUGUCAGCCUGCCUGUAGACAGAAUACUUCCUCCAUGUGUUUUGAAUGAAAGAAAUUCACGAAAUGCAGGAGCAGUAAGUUCAGAGAAGCUGGGCAGAAGCCCUACCAUCGAAGAAGUCUCAGAGGUGAAGGCACUUCCUGCUGUUGAUACCUGCUGCAGACUUCCUUGUUACGACACCCAGAUGCUGCGAAAAACUUGGGACAAGCAGUACAAACAGUAUGAUAUCACAGCAAGGACAGCAAUGAUCGUGACUAAUGUGCCCCAGGAGAUCCGAGCACUCGAGAGUGGAACUGCAGGUGCUUUAUCAUCCUCAUGCAGCCUAGGUAACAAUGCAGCUAACGCCAUUCCUCCUAAUAAGCCAUAUUCUGUUGUCGGGUCAGGAAGGACAGCAGCAGAAGAGAAUGGUCCUGAUGUUAAUCCUCUUGCUGCCUUUAGGGCACCAAGAACAUUGCAACCACCCCCAGGCACAUUUUAUAAACCACCCUCUAACAAAUCAAAAGAAAAUGGAAAUGGUUCUUCUGCUAAAGCUUGUGCACCAAGCAGUGCUAGCUCUGUGCUCCCCCAGGAUAAUACUGUGAAACUGGCUAGGAGUUCUGCACUUCCUUCAGGUGAUGCUGAACAAAACACAAACGAACAGAAAUCUAGCUCAGAGGAUAUUCACCCCACAGAUCUGAAGCCUGCUUAUCACAGACUGAGACCAAAAAGGAUCCAAGAACUGGAACACAGGGAAGCUCAUUUUGUAUAGGGUGAAAAUUCCUCUUGGACUAUAUGCAAUUUGUUAAUGUUGCCAGUGGAGGCUUCCCUUUGCUCCCCUUACCUUUGCCUUCCCUUGAGAAUCCCACUUUUGUGCCAUAUUGGAGUUAUUUUUAUAUAUGCAGCAUUUUAAAAAUGGGGGGAGACCUGGGGAACUGUGUAUUAAAUAAGUCAAACUUUUUGUAGUUCAGUAGCUUUCAAUAAAGAUGUAAUACAUUCCCAGUCUA